AUGGCGGGUACAAUGAAGCGAACGCGGAAGCUGCAGAUUAGCUGCGGGGACGAGGAGGACGAUGCGUUUCCCAGCCAUGGGCUAUGGGAGAUAAGGAAUGAUGACGUAGACAGCGGCUCGACGAUAGAGUCCAAGCCAGGCGGUGCUACUGGUAGUGGUAGCGGAGCUGAGCGGUCUAAUUUAGAGACGUCCUUAGUAAGAGAAAGCUCAGUGAUUCCUACUCCUAGCACCACCACCACCGUAACGACAAGCAUUGCCGACUUUAACUCAUCGAAAUAUGGCGACUCGGUAUCUUCCGCUUGGGACCACAUUUUAGGAAGCGACGCGACUCCCACCGGAAGCGGCGGCCGCGGGUUGCAUGAUUCCCCUCUCACUCCGACCCCGCCAACUCCGAUACACGACAAAAUUCUCCAGUCCACGUCGAUCGAGAUCGGUCACAUCGGCACGCUGACGUGGCGCCAGCUGGCGGUUGACCGCGAUUUGAGGCUGAUUUCCUGGUGGCAUCACGUGCCGCUUUACAGCCGCGACGGGCUCCUUAAUUUUGUCUGCACGACGCCUAUAGGCUCGUGGAUUAAGUACGAGGUAGCUCAGGACGAGGAGUUUACUCCGCUACGCAUCGCCCAAUUCGGCAAUAGCCCUACUAAGCCCGCGCAUUUUGCAAAGAACGCGACGCGGUUCAGCCUAGGGUUUCUCCCGCAGACCUACGCGGACCCCGCGCAGCCCAACCCUGACUAUGGCGGCCUGGCGUACCAAGGCGGUCCCAUGGACGCCUUGCUGCUGGACCCCAACGACGCGUCGCAAGCCUCGUCGAUUAGUCUGUCCAAUUGUAGGCUGCCGUCCCGCGAUUUACGGACAGGGGAUGUUUGUCAGGUGAAAGUAGUAGGCGCGUUCGCGGUCGUGCAGCAGAAGAGCCGCCUUUCCUGGAAGCUUCUCGCCAUUCCCGCGGCACCGGCUAGCGGUAGUCGAGGUAGCGGUGCCAGCGAGGAUGACGUGGCGGAUCAGAUCAGUGACGUGGCAGACGUGCAUGCGCUGUUCCCGGGCCUGCUAGACGACAUUCGCGCAUGGUUGAGAUUCUACGACUCAAUGCUUCUCACAGACAAUGCUGGUGCAUGUGCAUGCAUGGUUCACCUCCGUGCAACACGUGAAGAUGUUGUGGUGUUGGGAGAUUCUUGUGUAGCUGCGGAUUAA